CGUGAAUCGUAACCGAAUUAAGCGCACGACGCCCGACGGGUCAAAUCCUCCCGUUCGGCCGUUUCGUUCCCCAUUCGCCUCGUCCGCUCUCCAGUUUCCAGAGAGCCCCCCCAAGGGAGAGUCCGGUCUGAUUUGGUUGGCAUCGCCUCUGCGGAGCGUGCGUCGACCGAUCCAUGGGCGCGUCGGGGAAGUGGAUCAAGACGCUGGUGGGGCUCAAGCCUGCGGCGGCGGCGGAAAAGGAGAGGCAGCACGCCGGGGGGAAGGGCCGGAAGUGGAGCCGGCUGUGGCGGAGCUCGUCCGGCGGGCAGAGGGCCGCCGCGUCGGAGGUCUCCGAGACGUCCUCCUCCGCCGCCGCCGACGCGCUCAGCUCCGUCGUCGCAGCCGUGGUGCGCGCGCCGCCCAAGGACUUCCGCGUCAUCAGGCAGGAGUGGGGGGCCGUCCGCAUCCAGACCGCCUUCCGCGGCUUCCUGGUAGGCCGCUCGCCUCUCCUCGCGUCGGUCGGUCCGAUCUCGGGCGGCAAAGUUUCAGCUUCUUCAGCGUCGCGUUUCUUUUGGGUGCUUCUGCAGGCCAGGAGGGCGCUGAGGGCGCUGCGAGGGAUCGUGCGGCUGCAGGCGCUGGUGCGCGGCCGCCGUGUGCGCAAGCAGCUGGCCGUCACGGUCAAGUGCAUGCAGGCGCUCGUCAGGGUGCAGGCGCGGGCGAGGGACCGGCGCACGCGGCUGUCGGCUGACGGCCGGGACUCGCAGGACACGCUCGACGACCACAGCAGCCACGCGGAUCCCGUCAAGGAAGCAGAGACAGGAUGGUGUGAUAGCCAAGGAACUGUGGAUGAUGUCAGAUCAAAGAUACACAUGAGGCGCGAGGGUGCAAUCAAGAGAGAAAGGGCAAUUGCGUAUGCUCUUUCUCACCAGCGGAGCUCAAACCACAGCGGGAGACCUAGCUCUCCUGCCGUUUCUCUUAAGAAUCAUGGGACCAAUAGGAACAAUCAGUGGAGCUAUUUGGAUGGGUGGAUGGCAACGAAGCCUUGGGAGAGUCGCCUUAUGGAGCAAUCACACAGCGAACAGACCAAUUCACGUUGCUCAGAGAGUAUGGACGAAAUGAACGAAGUCAGCUCAAAACUUUCUGAAGCAAGCUCAGUCAAGGUCAGAAAGAACAAUGUCACAACUAGGGUGUCAGCAAAGCCUCCUUCCGUUAUCGCGGUAUGCGAAGAGAGUGCUCCGUCAACAUCUUCUGUUACUCCAAUGACCGGCAACCAUUUCGGAACAUCAGAAAGGAGAUCUGACUGUGGCCAAGGUGGUGCACCGAGCUAUAUGGGCUUGACAAAAUCAGCCAAAGCAAGGCUGAGUGGUUCUUCUAGCACUCACAAGCCACCACUUCAAAGACAAGGAUCUGCCGAGACACACAAUUACAGCAGGGGAGCAUUCUCUUCAAUAGAUGUUCAAAGCACCGCCGGCUCGGAGGUUUCAGUUACCUCAAAGAGGCUGAACAGAUUAACUCUGAAAGGUCGAGGCACUAGAAGAAGUAUGGACAAGGAGAAUGAUGAUCAAUCUAAUUCCUUCUUUUAGGAUGCGAACUCUACUUAUUAAUUAUUCCCAUUUUAGCGGUCUAGUGCUAACAUGUACGUAUUUUGUCAGUUCAAUGCCUCAUUGCUUAUUCUGAUAUCCAUAUUUAUGAUGUACAAAUGUGAAACCAGCCUAAGGUCGAACCUAUUGUUCUCUCUGCUGCAUUAAGAGUCUCUGGGGUUUAACUGCAGUUAGGCGCGAUGGUUAGUAGUUUAUGGCUAGUUCAGCUGGAUUGUCAGAAAUGAAUUGAUAGUGUUGGACUUGGACAACAGAAGUAAUCUGAGUGUAUGUUUAUUUGGAGAGUAAUCAUUUGCUUA